AUGGCCGCCCUGCGCUCCCUGCUGCGCUGGCGCCGCCGCCUGGGGCCCGCGUCCGGCGCUCCGCCGGCCCGGCGGCUGUGGGGCGGCGGCGGGGCCGGGGCGGCGGGGCCGCGGCGGUGGCGGCGGGAGCUGGGCUGGGCGGCGGCGGGGGCGGCUCUCGCCGGGUUCGCGGGGUACCGGCUGUCCGAGCGGCGGCGGGAGCCCUCCCGGGAGCCGGCGGCCGCCGAGCCGGGCGGGGCCCGGGCGCUGCUCCCCAUCCCCGUGGCGGCCGCUGCCAAGGAGACGGUUACAGAGCACAGAUCAGACCUCGAAGAUUUACACCUGUAUGCAACUCCACGGGAGCAACGGUUUCGUAGGUUUGCCAGUCUGGAAUUUGAAGGACAGCUAUACAUGACUCCAUAUGACUUCAUCCAGGCUGUUACAAAUGAUGAACCCAAACAUGCUAAAAAGUGGCGAUCCCUUUCAAAGCAGGAAUUGAAUCAGAUCCUUAUGGAGACACCACCGGUUUGGAAAGGGUCAUCCAAACUUUUCCGUAAUCUUAAUGAGAAAGGUGUGAUAUCUUACACAGAAUAUUUAUUCCUCUUAUGUAUUUUAACAAAGCCACAUGCAGGUUUUCGAAUUGCUUUCAACAUGUUCGAUACUGAUGGCAAUGAAAUGGUGGACAAAAAGGAAUUCUUAGUGCUCCAAGAGAUCUUCAGGAAAAAAAAUGAGAAGAGAGAAAAAAGAGGAGAUGAAGAAAAGCGUGCAAUGCUGCGUCUUCAACUUUAUGGAUAUCAUACUCCUACUAACAGUGUUCUUAAAACAGAAGGAGAGGACCUUGUCCCCAGAAGCUAUUGGGAUACUUUGAGACGUAGCACAAGCCAAGCACUCUUUUCAGACCUUGCGGAGCGUGCUGAUGAUUUUUCAAGUUCACUGUCAGAUACUACACUGCUUGUACACUUUUUUGGCAAGAAAGGAAAAGCUGAACUGAACUUUGAAGAUUUUUAUAGAUUUAUGGAUAACCUGCAAACUGAGGUUCUAGAGAUAGAAUUCCUUUCUUACUCCAAUGGGAUGAGCACCAUCAGUGAGGAAGACUUUGCCCAUAUUCUCUUGAGGUAUACAAAUGUGGAAAAUACAUCAAGUUACCUGGAAAACAUGCGCUGCAGUAUUCCUGAAGAAAAGGGUAUCACGUUUGAAGAAUUUAGAUCAUUUUUUCAAUUCUUGAACAAUCUAGAAGACUUUACAAUUGCAAUGCAAAUGUAUAAUUUUGCAAGUCGUUCCAUAGGUCAAGAUGAAUUCAAGCGUGCUGUGUAUGUAGCCACAGGUGUGAAGCUCUCACCACAUUUGGUGAACACAGUGUUCAAGAUUUUUGAUGUUGACAGAGAUGACCAGCUGAGUUACAAAGAAUUUAUCGGCAUUAUGAAAGACAGACUCAAUCGAGGGUUUAGGGAGACUCCAAAGUAUAGUUGGAAGGAAUAUUACUCUUGUGUGAUGACUGUAACCAGUGAGCAUCUCAGAGAUCUAUGGAAGCAAUUUCGGAGACAAGAUAUGCUGAGAUAA